GCUAGGCUUACCCUGUCAUUUCUCGCCUUACGUCUCAUCCUGCCUAUGUCAAUGUCUUGAAUAAUACUCGGUUCUAUCAAACUUCUCACCUCGAGAAUGUUGCUCACAGAUAGAUCCCCCGAUGGGGAAUAUGUCGACGUGUUUUACAUGGGGGGGUUCAUCUUUCUGGCUUACUUAGUCAGUGUGAUGGGAUGCACAACAACGUUGGAGCUUCUCCAUAGACGGACAUCUAGAGCUGGUCUGUAUAACUGGUAUCUACUGCUUACCUCCUCCAUAACCAUGGGUGGUGUUGGUAUCUGGUGUAUGCAUUAUAUCGGAAACCGUGCCAUCGUCCUGGGAGACGGGGCUAUGCGGACUCAGAUCAUUUACAGCAUGAAGUUCACCGGCGUAUCCUUUGUACUCCCAGUCAUCGUCCUGCUUAUCGCCUUUUAUUGCAUCGGAGCCAGCGAAAAAGCCAGUUAUUUUCGAAUCGUGGCGGGUGGUAUACUGACUGGUGGCGCGGUUUGUGGUAUGCAUUAUAUCGGCCAGCUCGGUAUCAGCAACUACACAUGCACCUACCGAGUUGCGAACGUCGUGGGGGCCGCCAUAAUCGCUGUAUUUGCUAGCACAGUCGCCCUGACAGUCUUCUUUCGGUGGAGGGCCACCUGGACGGAUAGCUGGUGGCGGCGUGGUAUUUGUGGCUGCGUCCUCGCUCUCGCUGUCUCGGGCAUGCACUGGACUGCUGCGGUGGGAACAUACUACUACAACCAUGACGAGUCCAUGCAACACAAUGGCCAGCUUUCUCGGAGCCAGGUUGUCAUCAUCUGCGCUGUUUUGGCAUGCGCUGCUUGCGGAGUUCUGACGGCAUGCGCUGUAGCCGCUGGUGGAAAUCGAAGACGACUAAACAUACAAGCCCGACAGCUAGUCCUGACUUGUGCUUUCUUUGACCAGUCAGGGCGGAUCAUGGUCACUCCUCACGCGCUGCUUCCUAGUCGGAAGAUUGUUGAUCGUUAUAUUGGAAAGACAUUCAACGAUGACGAUCUUACCCGAAGCCAUCCCGCUUUCCUCUGGGCAUUCCGAGCGAGCAGACACUGGAACCUGGUCAAGGAUGUUGUUCCUUUCAUGAGGAGUCGAAUUGAGACGGACAAGGAGGCAACGGAACACUAUAUUGCCAAGGGAGAGCCUUCGGAUCAGGAGACUGAGUUGCAGAGCGAUUUCGACGAGCUAUUUAAACGGCACUUCUGUGUGACCGCGCAGGAUCUUGCCGACGAGGUUCGACAGCCUCUACCGUCCCUGGGAAAGCUAUACGACGAUGUGUUGAUUACAACUGCGCCGACGUCGCGCUUCUCUCGAGCGAUGGGAUACUCGCGGCUAAGCAACAGCAAGGGCCAAAUGUUGUUCACAGUGCGCCAUCUGGAGAAGCAGGAAGCAAAUCGACUGGCCGCCGCAGGUUUCCGUUUCACCCCGAUCGAAAAUGUCACUUCAGCCCUGUCGAAUCGAAUGCACAUUCCGUUACCGGUCUUGGGCGGACAUCUCAAAGGCAUGCGAGACUAUGCGACCGGAGGUCGCAACUACGAGCCUGGCGUCCAUCUCGUUUCUUUCGUCAUGCGCCCUACCAUUUCUGAUCACUUUGAGGUGCUAACAGCAAAAGGCACCGGUAACCCAUUGCCCUCGGCAACCUUACCGAUCAAACGCAUGCAAAUCCAACAUCUCGACCUAAUCUCACACAUGGAAGGAUGGACCAUCUCUACCUGCUUGACUUGGCUGAAAUCCGAAGCGGCCAUGUCUCAUAGGGACAUCGAUGACUUCCGCGAGCAUAUGAUCCACGCAAUGACAUCGCUUGCCAGUGCACUGCCUCCUGAUAUCAACAUGGCUUCCAAAUUCUCAGCUCGGCCCCUUAUUGCGCCCUGUCGAACAUCACCUGGCUCUGAUGCUUCAAACUGUAUCCUUCUAUCAUUCUGCGCAGUCGGAAAUCUGGAUACGCAGGUCUCGAACCCCGACUUCACCUUCAUGCCUUUACGCCUCUUCCGCACUCAGCAACAAUUGAACGAUACGAAUCUUGGAAGCGAGGGAUUUGCGAAGGAAUUGGGCAGGGAGUUGUAUUACUCGAAUGCACGCAGCAGCUCCGCCACCGAGUCCGACGUGCCACCGUCCGUCCGAUCUGUUUUGAAACUUUGGCCACGCAAGCAUAUGGAUCCCACGAGACGGGAUCUUUCUCAGGAAACUCUGACGGAGCUCUCGCAGCUGGGAGACAUCAUGGUCCGCAAGGAAGUUAAGGUCGAUGUUGCCAAGCUAUCCGAACCAGCACUCGAAUCCUCGCUAGGCAGACAUGCUUCGCAUGCCACUGUGGUAGCCGGUGACAUGGCUACUAGCACCUACGUGGACGAACUCUACAACCUCUGCUAUUCGCCUGGUGUCCGCUUGCGACCGGACACGGCCAUCACUCAGGUCUCGAACGGAUGAAAUGCUUGACAUUGAGUAUUGCCAAUCAACCCUAUAUUCGCCUAAACGAACCCAAGGC